AUGCAAAGAUUUGCUCAUGUCAAAGAGAGAGAGACGGUGACACUGGCGCUUCCAGCAUAUCGAGCCCUCGAUUCUUCUGAAGCUCCGCCAUCGUAUCGCUGCACAAUCAAUCUCCAAGGACGACUACUACGUAAAAAGGAAUUCCACAAACCAGCAACUGCAGCAGCGCGAAGCAGAUGGGAAUACGUCGAAGGCAAACUAAGUCUCAGCCGAGCUCGCGCAUACACUCUACAACUCGCCGAUGCAGGCCUCGCGGUGGAUUCCAAAGACCGCGUGCGCGCCUUUUCUAAAGACGGCGGUAACGCUUUUCGUCUCCGAGUGGAGGGCGAACAGCUGCUAUACGUCGCUCCCACAGCCGAGACGGCUUCCAUCUGGGUCGAGCAAAUACUCGCUGCGGCGGCAAUCAGUGGACCACUUGAUGAGAGAGCCAUGAAUGAGUAUCCUUGUACCCCACCAAGGAGGCCGAAGGCAUCGAACACGCGUGAUCAGGGCAUUUCAGGACGGUGGCAUUGGACGAAGUCGUCAGGCCAGGUGCGACGGCAGCUUGAGUGGCUGACGGCAGUUUCGGAUGGGAUUCAAGGUGAACAAUUGAAUCAGAAGGUAGAGAUCGAAAAGGAACCUAUGGCAAGUCACCGGGCAGAGGCGCAGACGAAGGUCAUGGAAAGGUCGAUUGCCGACGCGAUCAUGUCAAAUCCUGACUCUGGCCUUCAGAGAUCGGACAGAAGACUUUCUGGGGCGCAGUGUCCAUGCUCGAUUGGUCAUACACCGGAUUCCUUCAAUAGUACACAGCCUCGCUAUCUACACGAAAACUCACCAGCUACUAGCGACCUGCAUCGCGAGCCAGUGCGAUCUGCACUUGACGAUCCACGUCGAUGGAUCCGCAUCUUGACCUUCUCAAGCGCGUGGAGACACGAGUGCUAUAUCAAAGACGGGCGGAAAGUUCAUAUUGCUCGUUCGGCGUCGCUCAACGUACCACUAUAUUGA